AUGCCCCUCGUCAGCCAGCGGGCCCCGGAGGAGAGCGGCUACAGCCUGGCGGCCAGCCUGGACAACGUGCGGAGCCUGUCCACCGUGCUCAGGGCCAUCCACUUCCGGGAGCACGCCACCUGCUUCGCCACCAGGAAUGGGAUCAAGGUGACGGUGGAGAAUGCCAAGUGUGUGCAAGCGAAUGCUUUUAUCCAGGCUGGAAUAUUUCAAGAGUUUAAAGUUCAGGAAGAGCCUGUUACUUUCCGAAUUAAUUUAACUGUCCUUUUAGACUGCUUAUCUAUUUUUGGAUCAAAUCCUAUGCCAGGGAACUUAACUGCGCUUCGAAUGUGUUACCAAGGUUAUGGUUGCCCCUUGAUGCUGUUUCUGGAAGAAGGAGGCGUGGUGACAGUCUGUAAAAUCAAUACCCAGGAGCCUGAGGAAACGCUGGAUUUUGAUUUCUGCAGCACCAAUGUGAUUAAUAAGAUUAUUCUGCAGUCAGAGGGGCUCCGCGAAGCAUUUUCCGAAUUGGAUAUGACGAGUGAGGUCCUACAGAUCACCAUGUCUCCUGACAAACCUUACUUCAGGUUGUCCACUUUUGGGAAUGCGGGAAGCUCCCACCUCGACUAUCCCAAAGAUUCUGAUCUGAUGGAGUCCUUUCAUUGUAACGAAACCCAAGUUAACAGAUACAAGAUUUCUUUACUGAAGCCGUCUACAAAGGCAUUGGUCCUGUCGUGCAAAGUGUCUAUUCGGACGGAUAACCGAGGAUUCCUCUCGUUACAGUAUAUGAUUAGGAAUGAAGAUGGACAGAUAUGUUUUGUGGAGUAUUACUGCUGCCCUGAUGAAGAAGUUCCUGAUUCAGAAGCUUAA